AUGGGACAUGAGGACUCUGUGAAGCUUAGGAUUCAACAUGAAGUAGAAGCCAGUGAUCUAGUGCCCUCAGCCCUGCUGUGCCAUCAGCCAGAGAAAGUUCCCCAGGCUGCCAGCUCUAACGGCCCCCAAUGCCCUCUCUUCUUCCCUCAGAUGCUCACAUAUAUUCUGAGCUUCCUGCCUCUGUCAGAUCAGAAAGAGGCCUCCCUCGUGAGUCGGGCUUGGUACUAUGCAGCCCAGAAUGCCCUUCGGGAGGUAAGGUGCCUGCCCUCACCUGGCCCUUUCUCAGUUGUCUCUCACAUCAGCUUGUUCAUGGCCCUACUCAUACAUCGUCCAUUCAUUUUAUUCAUCAUACAUAUUCACAUAUACAUUAUGUUCAAACAUACUUGGCUCUGGGACUAUACAGAUGAAUAA